AUGGAUGGUGCAUCAGGAAAACUGCAGUACUGGAGGCUUUAUCUGCUGUCGCUGGUGCUGGGAAUCGGGGGGUCGUUUCAGUAUGGGAUUCAAGUUUCUGUCAUCGCUUCUCCAGCAGUGCAUGUUCAGAGUUUCGUGAAUCACACCUGGUUGUUGAGGUACGGAGCUCCUGUGGACGACUCCACCAACCAGCUUAUCUGGUCCUUCAUCGUGGCUGUGCUGAGUCUUGGAGCCUGGGCCGGGGCCAUUCACAGCGGCAGCCUUCCUGUCACUUACGGCCGGAAAAAAGCUCUUUUGAUCAACAAUGUUGUGGCUGUUGUCGCUGCUCUUCUCAUGGUCUUCAGUCGCAUGGCCGAGUCUUUUGAGAUGAUUCUGCUGGGAAGAUUUCUCUAUGGAUACUCCACAGGUCUUGGCUUGAGUGUACACCUCAUGUAUCUCGGGGAGAGUUCUCCAAAGAAACUCAGAGGGUUUAUGACUCUCACAGGCUCGAUCUUCAUCGGAUUUGGAAAAAUCAUGGGCCAAAUAAUUGGCAUCAAGGAGAUGAUGGGCACAGAGGACAUGUGGCCGUAUCUCUUAGCUGUUAGUGGUGUUCCUGCCAUCCUGCAGUUUGUGACGCUGCUUUUCUUCCCCGAGGCACCUCGAUACCUUUACAUUGACAAAGGAGACACUGAAGGCAGCAAAAAAGCCUUGCAGUGGCUGUGGCAGGAGGAAAACGUGAAGCUGGAGCUGGACGACAUGCAGAAAGAGAGAGAGAGCUCUCAGGGAGAGAAGGCCAAGACUGUAAAGGACGUCCUCUGCUCUCGCUGUGUGAGAUGGCAGCUGCUGACUCUGGUCAUCCCCUGUGCUGGAGUUCAGUUCUGUGGCAUCAACGCUCUGUAUUUCUACGCCUUUGACAUCUUCCGUGAAUCAGGAGUGCCAGAGGACCAGAUGCAUUACUUGGCUAUUGGUCUUGGAGCAACAGAGCUCAUCACCGUGUCACUGUGUUCGUUCUUGAUAGAUCGCGCCGGCAGAAAGAAGCUGAUGGGUUACGGCUAUCUAAUGAUGGGUGUCACCAUGAUCGUACUUACUGUCAUGCUGUCCAUCAAGAAUCUGAAUCCAUGGAUCCCGUAUGUGAACAUCGCCCUGAUCUUUUGUAUCAUCUGCAUCUAUGGACUUGGCCCUUCUGGAGUGUCCAUGGCUCUCCCUGCUGACCUCUUCCUACAAGCCUGGCGUCCGUCUGCGUAUGUGAUCAGUGGGACAGUAAACUGGCUCAGCAUGUUCCUCGUGGGGAUGUUGUUUGGCUAUAUAGUGGAAGGACUCGGGCAGUUCUGCUUCCUGAUUUUCGUCGCUUACAGCAUUUUCAGUGCAGGAUUUCUGCUAUAUUUUAUCCCAGAGACUAAAGGGAAGACAAUGGUAGAGAUUAUGGAGAGCUUCAACAAACUGAACUACAAGAACAGGGACGCUGACAUGGAAAGGACUGACAUUGAUCUUGCAACUAAAUUUUAA